CGCUCGAGGGAUGCACUCGUAUAUCGACAGCAGCUCUAACUUUACGCUUAUAAUGUAUUGUAUAUAACAUACACCUGAAUGUUAUAUAAUACAGUAUUAAUAAAUGUUGAGUUAUAGCUUAAAUAAAAUACACUUCAAUAGGACUCUUAUUAUAUAUAUAUAGAGAUCAGUGUUAAGUGCACUAAAUCAGAGCCAAACCAAAAUGCGGAUAUAUACAGUAAACAGUAAUCAUUUGAGUGACCAUAACUUGAGUGACCGAUCCAUUGAAUCGAGUGAAAUGAGUUCGUCUUCAUUGUCGUCAUUCAACAAAAUCUCUUCGUCUUCGAGUUCUGCUUCAUCUUCGGUCAACUUUCCGACCAAUUGUCGCAAAACUAGUAUCACAUCUGUUAACAGCAAUAAACCCAUUGUUUCGAUGCAAACGUUUAUUAAUAGUAAGGGAAAGAUCGCAUCCAAAGAUAACAGUCUUUAUUCUCCAUUCUCUGGUCUUAACAAUAAUUCAUUGAUUAAUACGUCUUGUGAUGACUACUAUGAAUUGAAACCACCGAUGUUUGCUAAACAACAAUUAAAAUCAUUAAAAAGACGUGUUUCUGCUAUUUCUAAGAUUCAAGAAGAGAUGAAAGCAAUGAAAACCAGAGAGGAAGAGCUCAGGUGGCGAAAUAUACGACUGGUUGGUCUCUCUGAGCCUAAUUUAAAUACAUAUAGCGAUGAAACCGAUGAAAGUAUUAAAGAAGAAAUGUCUCAAACAAAUGAUGAGUUGUUUCUCAUUAAAACUAAUAGUAAUCCAAAUCUAAUCGAUAGGGAAAACAAUAAAAAUAAUUGCACUGUUGAAGAGAAACAUUGUUUAGUUGGAGGACCGCGAAGAAAGGCAGCACUGAUAGCCAUUUGGGAACAAAAGAUACAAAAAGUUAAUAAUUGA